AUGAUAGAGCCAACAAGUAUGGAAAAUUUUGAUUCUACUAGAACUAAGCGACAUGAUUUAAAAGAUUCAAUAGACGAUAUUAUAAAUCUCUAUGAGAAGUCUCAAGACUAAAUAUCUAAUAGAUCGGAGGCUUUAGUCCAAAGUUUUGGUAGAACAGUUAGAUAUACCUACUCCUAAGGGAAAACUAACUAAAUGACAAAUUGGUCGUUAGAUGAAGCAAUAAUUGGUUUAGAUGUGCUAAGAUCCUUUCAACAAAGAGGAUUUAAAGAUAAAGGAUAUAGUAUCAGUUACUGGUUGCAAAUUUCAUAAUGGCUAGCUUUGAUGAUCUCACUGACAUUAUUAAUUUUCAGCAAUGAGAAUGAAGUUUUAUCAAAGACUGUUCUCAUGAUAACUAUUAUUCAGAUUCUUAUGAGAUGUAUGAUAAUCUCUGUGAGAUAUGCUACUACAAAUGACUCAAGUCUUUAGUCUUAAAAAUAGAGAAUUUUUUCAUAAGAAGAAAUGCUAAAUGAAUGGGUGAAUGAUGGAUGGAUUAGUAUUAAGCCCAAAUAACUAGAUGCUGAGAUAAAGAACUGCAUGAUAAGGAACGAGGUUGAAAAUGUGUUUUUCAAAUUCAAAUUCUUUUUGAAGAUGAAUGAAUAUUACAAGGAUAGAUUACUUAAUUUUAACUAUGUCAAUGAGAAUCCUUACGACCCUAAGAUGGAUGCAAAAAUAUAUAAAAAUUUUGUAGCCUCAUAUUCUAAGGGUUAAGAAUAGCAAACUCUCAAGCGUAGUCAAAUAAGUGACGAUCAAACUACUUAAAAGGAUAAUGCCAUGAAUAUACAUGUAUCUUACCUAGAAACUCCAUCCAAGGAUGAUCUAUUUACUUAUUUUCCUGGAAGAUAAGUUCUCAGAGAGCAGUUUUUAGCUUUCAGAAAUAUAGUUCCAACCUAUAAAUUCUUUAAAUUUUUCCCAUUAGCAAUAUCUCAUUGCAUUCUACCAUUGAUAAUUGAAUUUUACUAAGACUGCAUGUUGGGGGAGGAGGAUUAUUAUAGAGAGAAGUAUAGAACAGGUUAGUUCUGGACUUUUAAUAUCUUACUUCUCUACUUUAAUAUUAUGACGUUAGGAACUAACCUUUACUUCAUUGCUCUAGGAAGUCAAGAUAUGAAAAGAAGAAUGGUUGCUAUGCGUUCAUGUGAAUCACAUUUAGAACCUAAUAGAUUUAAGAUCAAAGAUAUUUACAAAGCAUUCCCUCUAAUCAAUUUUUUCGAUCCAAAAACUCUUUUAUCUUGGAUGGAUUUGAGAAUUAUGUAUCUAGAUAUGGGUCGUAGGUUUUUCUAUAGAUUUAAGACUUAUGCAACAGUUUAUCUGAUAUUUUAUAGUUUUGCUGGUACAAUAUUUCUGGCUUGGUACUUUGUCUUAUACUAAGAAUAUACAGCUGAUUUGUCCAUGAUAGUUACUAUAGUAUCAGAGAUUUUAAUUACUUUCUUAUUCUUGUACAAAACAUUUUAUUACGGUGCCUAGGUAAAUGAAAUUUCUAAUAGUCAUCUACUUAGAUUGAGUGAGAUUAAAAGCAUAAUGUAGAGAUUUUUAUAAGAAUGGGAGGAGUGUAUAUCCUCAAAAAAAAUAAAUGAUGUGCUUUUGAACAAUACCUAUAAAAAUGCUUUUCUUUAUUUCAAAUAUAAAACAUAGGACGUAGGUCCGAAAUGUGGAAAAAUGGAUAUUAAAAGAUCUCUUGAAGUUUUAGAAGCUAUAUAAGAAAGGCUUGAAAAAGAAAUUUAAUUCAACCCUAUCACGAUUUUGAACAUUCCAUUAAACAUGACUAUCAUUAAUGCAAUCAGAACAUCAUUUUUCUCAUUGAUUAUUGCUAUGAUUAAUUUCAAGAUUAAAGUAUUUUGA